AUCAGUUUAUUUUGUCUCCUCGUCAUCAACUGAACUAACACAGACCACGAUGAACUCGCUGGUGGUGUUAUUAUCUUUGGCAGCGUUAGCCGCCGCCAAGCCCUCAGGCCUUCUUACGGGUCCCGCAAUCACCUACUCUGCCCCGCUGAUCGCAGCUGUCCCGGCAGCCGUAUCUCACCAAUCUCGAUUGGACAUCAAAUCAUCUCCAGCCAUCGUAUCAACUGCAGCCGUAGCUCCGAUCGCCGUCCGCACCGCCUUAGCUCAACCGACUGUCUUCGCUGCACCAGCAGCUGUCGUUGCCCCCGCAGCCGUCUCCAGCCAGUCGCGUCUUGACAUCAAGUCUACUCCGGCCGUUACCAGUACGUUAGUUUCUGGUGCUCCUCUGGCGUACAGUGCAAUCAGUGCCCCAAUCACCACUGCUGCAAUUACACCUCUUGCUGCAACGGCCAUCGCACCUGCUCUUCUGAAUACAUUUACACCUGCUAUUGCGGCACCCUCUUUUGUUAAGACCGCUCAGCUAGUACCGGCCGCAAUCGAAGCACCAGCAGUCCCUCUUGACACUCCAGAAGUGGUCGCUGCUCGCGCCGCUCACCUGGAAGCUAAAGCUCAGGCUCUCGCUGACGCUCAUGUAGUCCACAAGCGUUCAGUUGUUGCUUCAGUGUACUCCACUUCUUUGGGUGCUCCAGUGGUAUCGACAUACUCAGCAGCUCCUGUUGUCUCCACCCACCUCACAUACUCUGCUCCUAUCGUCACUCCCCUUGUAACGAAGACUUAUGGAAUUCAUACUUGGUAAGCGGCACCGCUAUAUCGAGGAGCAUUAUUCUCCCUGGUUUCGUAGACAUUCAAAAACAUUAUCUUGAAUUGUAAAUAAAAUAAAUGAAAUUACG